AUAAUGAGUUCCAGGCCAGCCAAGAUUACAUAGUGAGACCCUGCCUUUAUAAAAGAAAAAAGAAACCAACUUACUUAUCCUCCAGAGCUUUCCCUCUCCUCAGCCCCAGCCACGCUCUCAGGCCUCAGUGGCCCAGCUCACCUCCCCCAGCAUCCUGGGGUUCCUUUACACAGCCAGGCUGGACCACAAGACAGUGAUGCUCUUUCCUCUGCCAGAAACCCACCCCAUGACUCCCAUGCUUCUCUAGUUCCUCAUCUUGUCACUUCCUCAGGAACGCUCUCCCAGUGUGUCAGGGACUUUGCCUCUGUGGGCCUGUUGAGGAGAGGCGAGGCAGCCUGAGCCCCCAUGGCUGCCCUGUCUCAGACAACUAUUCUAGGAAGCUCUUGGCCAAUCUUCACACCUCUUUCUCUGAGAGGCUAAUAAUGGCAUUGCCUGUGAGAGCUGAGGGCAGGUGACGAAGGAGUGAGGCCAGCUGACCCGACAAGUUCAGGCUGGGCUGGGGAGAUGGAAGGGGAGCUGAACACAGCUGGGGGCAGGGGUCUUCCUGAUCCACAGCUGGAUUCUGAGUCACCAGCAAGUAAGUCCCCAACCUAGUGAGAAGCCUCAGUCCUGGCUUCUGUAGGCUGCCAAACUAAGCCACUCUGGCUAAUGACCCCAUUCCACCUCAAGUGCCAUGUUAUUUAUUGAGUAUCUAUUCUAGGUCACCUAUCAGGUACCUGUGCUAUGUCAUUUAUCAAGAACAUGAUAGGUCUGAGUUGGGCCAGGUGUGGGAUGUAAGUUGCCUAUUUUUUUUUUUUUAAGGUGGAGUUACAACCACCUGUAUCAGAAACCCAAGAACAUAGAAUGUGGAGGCCAAGGCUCAAAUCCCGACCUACUGGGUUGACCCAGGCCCCAGACAGACCCAGGAACCUGCAUUUUUAUUGUACAUACUGCAGUGCUCAGUGAGGUCAGGGAACGACUGCUUACUGGCAGAGACGAACAAGGAAAUACGGUGUCAUGGAGCCAGAGAUGAGCCAGGCUUACCUUCUGAUUGGCUGUUCUGCACUCUGUCCUGCGAUGGAACCCCCCGUCCUCCUGAUUGGCUAGACAACUACCUGCGCUCACCCGGGAUUGGACACUGGCAAGGCUGCGAGGGUCCCCGCUCUCUGAUUCGCCGCGCGGCCCAGCCUCACGGCCUGCACACUGAAUGGCUGCGCCACUACCUGCAAUCGGCCCCGGAUUGGGUGCGUGGCGCCUCCCCGGCGUGAUAGGUCAGGACCACCGCCCCCCUUGCUCCCCAUUGGCUGCUCGGCGAAGCCCGGUCUCCGGGUAAGAUGGCAGCGGACGGACAGUGCUCGCUCCCCGCUUCAUGGCGGCCGGUGACCCUCACCCACGUCGAAUACCCUGCAGGUGAUCUCUCCGGCCACCUCCUUGCCUACCUGAGUCUCAGCCCUAUUUUUGUUAUUGUUGGUUUUGUGACCCUCAUCAUCUUCAAGCGGGAGCUACACACGAUUUCAUUCCUCGGGGGCCUGGCACUGAAUGAAGGUGUCAACUGGCUGAUCAAACACGUCAUCCAGGAGCCUCGGCCCUGUGGAGGCCCACACACGGCAGUGGGCACUAAGUACGGGAUGCCCUCCAGCCAUUCCCAGUUUAUGUGGUUCUUCUCCGUCUAUUCCUUCCUUUUCCUGUAUUUAAGAAUGCAUCAAACAAAUAACGCCAGGUUCUUGGACUUGCUGUGGAGGCAUGUGCUCACCCUAGGGCUCCUCACCGCAGCCUUUCUCGUCUCCUAUAGCAGGGUCUACCUGCUGUACCACACCUGGAGUCAGGUACUCUAUGGGGGUAUCGCUGGAAGCCUCAUGGCCAUCGCUUGGUUCAUCUUCACCCAGGAAGUUCUCACCCCACUGUUCCCCAGGAUAGCAGCCUGGCCCAUCUCCGAGUUUUUCCUCAUCCGGGACACGAGCCUCAUUCCCAAUGUGCUCUGGUUUGAGUACACAGUAACCAGGGCAGAAGCCAGGAACAGACAACGCAAGCUGGGGACAAAGCUGCAGUGAUUGGCGGGCGUGGCUGGGUCAAGCCCCCGAAUCUGGCCUGCGCCACACCUCGCAGGAUGGACAGGAUGAUGGACGGAGGGGUGAAGCAGAGACCUCGACAGACCCAAGUCACCAAGUGGAGCCUUUUUUUUUCUUAUUUUAAUUUUAAUGGACAUGGUGGACCAAAGGGCUGAGUCAGGCCCUCGGCGAGGACCCUGGGAGGGCCUGCUGUCUGUGGGUCACAUGGCCAGAGACCCUGGCUCUGCUGCUGCCAGCUCCUGACUGGGUGGAAGUGCUCUUGGCAUGGGCCCUGGGUUGGGUAGAGCACGGGGCUCGGUCCUCUGGUCUUGAGACCAGGCACUCCAGGUGGUGGAGCGCACACUAUUUAUUUUUGGGGACUGUGGAGUCCAGGCCGAAGAGGCUGCUCCACGGUGGCUGCCCUGUGUACAAAGGGGCCCCGGUCAGCUCCCAGGCCCUGUGCCCUGCGUUGGGGCGGCCUGCCUCCUGUUGGACCUGAGUGGGGCCUGGGGCCUGGGGCCCACGAGCGAGGCCUCCCUGCCCCCACUCCAGAACCUUGUCAGUGUUUCCUUGCCUGGGGGCGGGGCCCGGGGCGAGCACCCGUCUGUCAUUGCGUUCUUCCCUAGACCCACCCAACAUCACAAGGGCUUUCCCUGGUCCUCUGUCCCUCCUGACAAAAGAGCCUGCACACAGGGGUGAGCACACCCAAGCGUUUACAGCUCCUUUUGUCUGGCCAUCCAGUGGCCGUCUGUCUGUCUUCAUCCCCACUUGAACAGAGGAACCAGGAGCUAGGAUUCUGGCCGUGUGGCAGUGCUGACACCCUCCCCCAUCAGCUGUCCUGUGCGCUCUGGAUCUGUCCCUGUCCUUCCUGGCCUGCCCUGGAGGCUGCCUGGGUGUGGGCUCUCCAACCCCCACCUGCCCGGCUGCAAGGAGUCCCUCUUAGGGCCUCUCUCCGCGUCGGCCUGCCACAGUUGUGGAGAUGCUUCCGGAACUGGAGCAGCCCCUGGGGACUGUGUUCGAACCCUCCCCCUUUCUUCGUGGAGGUCCUAACCUGCUGCUGAAGCACAAGUUUUUGGUGCUUUCCUUUCGUGUUUGUUAAAGGCCGUGUCCAAGCCCCUCGAGAUGCCAGGGCCAGGGCUGGUUUCUAGGGAGGUAGUCAGUCACAUUCCCUCCCCUUCUUCCCCUAGGAUUUUUAUUUUUGACUUUUUGUUUGAGACAAGCCAAGUGUGAGGUGGUUUAAGAAAAUAAAAUUGUUUACUAUUGUUUUAAAAUAAAAUCUGAAACUCUGGAGGCUGAGUACACAUUAACUGAGCUCAGGAGAGGAGGCUGUGACAGCCAGGGCACAGGUGGCCCUCUGAAGCCACAAGCAUUUCCAGGGGACUUAGUCCCCACCAGCCCCCAAAGUGAGGGUUUGAGUGGCCUCAACAUCUGCCUCUGGGGUCUGCCACUCGUGUCUCUGCUCCUGUCAGACGCCCCCCCUGCUUGCUGCCUGGUAGAGGCUAGCCCUGGCCAGCUUUUCCUCCACAGAAGUCUUGAGGACUGGGGAGACUCUGCCCUUCACAGGGGUUCCAUGAUCCACUCACUUGUGUGUUCUGCCUUAGCAGGAAUGCCUGUCCGCCAGGCUGGUGGCCAGAGGUCUUGCAGGACUGAGUGAGCACAGGCUGGCCCGAAGCAGAUAGUUUCCUUUCCUGGCAGGUUAUGCCAAGGUGCACAGCCACACCCUCUGGGUGAGGGUGCACGGGAGGUCACGUGUUCCUCACGUGGUGGGAAGCUGGGUGAAGCACUCGGGUGGGGGAGGGUAGAAUCUUGACAGGUAUGACUGCUGGCUAGUAGUGACCCCAGGGAAAGGAAUGUAUCUUGGACUUUAAAUUAUUUUUUGUUUUUGAUUUUUCGAGACAGGGUUUCUCUCUGUAGC